AUGUUUACUACGCCCCACCAUUCGUUCUCUCUGGCUGCGCCGGCUCGUGCACCAGCUCUUGUGGUCAAGCUCGUGGCUCAUCCGCUGGAAGAGGCCUUUGCUACCGGUGUAGUGGAGGAGGUCUUUGGUCUUACCACACCGCGUGCUCGCUGGAUUUGUCUGGACUCUCAGGAAGCAGCAGAGCUGGUCGAUGUCCUCGCUGAACUCGAUCCAGAGCGGGCUCAGCCGUAUGUGGAGGCACUCGCUCAAUCGGCACCUGCUGCCAUCCAGGUCCAGCGGUAUGUGCCUGGCGGGCCGUCGCGCAACCUGCGGUACCUCGAUCCCGACGCGUGUGCGGGUGUGUUUGGUGUGCCCGGCGAGCUCACCGCGCACGGCCGCCGGGUCCUCCAGGACAUCGGCCGCAUGCUCAUCGCUGACCUGUUGCUCAACAACUACGGCCGCCUCCGCUGCCGUGCCGUCUGGCCGUACAACAUUGGCAAUGCCAAGAACGUGCUCUUUGCCGCAGACACCGGCGGUCUCGUGGCGCUCGACCAGUGCCUCAACGCUUACGACCCGCUCCGCCACGCCACCGCCCUCGACAAGUACGCUACCGCCGUCCGCGACGUCCUUGCUGCCCUCUCUGCCCCGCUUGCCGAUGCGCCACCACCGCCUGUUGACCAGAUCCGCCGCUUCAUCCGCCAGAACUGUCGCUACGACAUUGGCCGCGAGGGCUGCCACUGCGUCCACCUCGGCAUGCUUGCCGGCCUUGCUGCCGUCCGUGGUGCCACUCUUGACACGCUCCGCGAUGUCUUUGCAUCCGCCGCCGCCGCCACCGCCGCCGCACCGGGCACAACAGCGCACUCACCGCCAACAGGCGACCCGCCGCAGCUCGCCUUUGUCCUCGCCAUGCGCGACGUCCUCGCCGCCGCCGGUGACACUGCGCAGGUCCACGCCGAGCUUGCCGAGCUCGCCUCUGCGCCAGCACUCCGUCGGCCUGACUUUGACGCCUCGCUGGCUGCCGACGACGAGGUCGCCGACGAGAUCUCCGAGUUCUGGAAGCUCUCCGAGAGCCUCAUGGACAUGUUUUCUGGCGAUGGUGGAGCCUCGUCCUCGCUCUACGCCACACCGCUCCGCGACGCGGCCCGCGCCCGCGCCGCCGCCUCGUCGGCCGCCACUCCGGGCACACCCAACCUCUCUCCCAUUCCGCCGCCGUCGCUCGGCUCAGACGCCGCCGCAAGCACAGACGCCUCGGCCCCGCGCUCCGCGCCGUCGCCCGAUGGCUUCUCGGCAGAGCUGGACUCGCCUUCGCGGCUUGCUCACCAUCAUCGCCACCACCGCCGCCGCCGCCGCAAGCACAGCUCACCGUCUGCUACGCCCGACGAGCCAUCCGACGCCUCGGCCUCAGCACCGUCGCGCCGACGCAAGCACCGUCAUCAUCAUGGCGACGACAGCGAGCCGGCUGGGCCCGCCUCCGAAUCGGACAUUGCGCCGCCGUCCUCGCCGCCGCCUACGCUCGUCGCGGAUGACAACGAUAGCGAGGUCAUGUCGCGCAAGGCCAAGGCCAAGUCGCGCAAGGCCAAGGCCAAGUCGCGGAAGGCCAAGUCGCAGAAGGCCAAGUCGAAGAAAGCUCGCGCGGUGGCAGCCGCUGCAGCAGCCUCGGGCGCUGGCGGCGAGUUGGCGCCGUCGUCGGCGGCAGCCAAGCUCCGCCCGGCCUUUUCGGACGUCAACAACAUCCGGUUCCACCACGGCGACCGGACGGUACUCAUGGCGAAGCUCGCGCCGCUGCCGAUGUCGUCGACCUCGGCCGCGCUCCUCGCGUACGCUACCGCUGUCAUCAACUAUCGGCUUACUUUUCGUGAAGUCGUCCUCGCCUACAAGUGCUCGUACGUCCACAACGACGGACCGGUCCUCUCGGCAACGUUCCACAAGCCGUCGGCUGCCAUAGACGCUGCACUCGAGUGCGCCGCCCGCGCCAUCGCUCUCCGCGCUGGCUCCACCGUCCUCGGCUCGCUCGCGCCACCGGUCUUUGCCCUCGCCCAUGGCGGCGGCCUCCUUGUCGACAAGUUUACGCUCCGCCAGUUUGGCGUCGCCGUCGACGUCGCGCUGCAGCUCUUGUUCCGUGUCGACCACCCGGUCGCGCUUGACGCUCCGCCGGCCAUCCUCGCCGCCCCAGCCACCAUGCUCGCUCUUUCCAAGCGCGAGCGUGCCGCCUUUGCCAAAGCCGGCGUUUCGUUUGCGCCGCACGCCUCGGACCGCCUCGACUUUGAGGCCACGGCGGUCAUCUAUCCGGCCACAGAUGCACUCGACGACGACAUGGAGCUCUCGGCCCUUGCCCUCCUCAAGCAAGAACAGGCUGUCGGCUACGUCGAGACGCUGCAUGGAAACAUGACGCCUGCCAUGCGGUUCCGCAAGCUCAUGGUCGCCCGCGCCGCGCCGUCGACAGCCCUCUCGCCGUCCAAGCUCAAUCACAUCGACGGCGUGCUCACCUCGGCUGCCUUUUUUGGCUUGCGCGCCAUGGUCGCCCUCGGCUUUGACUGGAUGACCGUCCCAGGCCUCACCUCGGCCGAGGACGUCAUCUCUAAGAUGCGUGCUGCCAUGGCUCUUCUCCAGCCGGUUGUCCUCGCUCACGGCGGCACCUUUUACGAGGAGUUUCUCUACGAGUUUGAGUCACCGUCGGUUGCUCUCGCCGCCGCCAUCGCCAUCAAGCGCGAGCUCAUCCACCACAACGCUUCGGCUUUUGUCCGCGAGCGUGCGCCGCUCCGCGGACUGGUCUGCUCGCAUGGACCGACGCUGGCUGUCGAGGCCACAAACGUUCACUGGGGCCGACACGUCACGCUUGCCCAGCUCCUGCUCUCCUCGUUUGCUGUCACUGCCGCCACCGUCGCCGACCCGCCGCUCAUGCUCACUUCGGCCUUCCACGCCGCCCUCCUCGAGUCUUCCGACCCGAACAUCGGCGCUCUCACCCUUGCGCCGGUCUCCUUCACCAUCGGCGACGCCGCAGAGCGCUGCUACGCGGUCAAGGGCGACGCCGCCCUCGCGUCACCUUACAAGCAGCUCCUCGCCGCGGGUGCGGCGUCGACACCGCCGCCGGCCUCGGCAGGCCCCCGCGCACCUGUGGCGUCGUCUGCGCUCAAGAACAAGUACACCUCGAGCCGACCGGCCGACGGCCCGCGCGUCCGCUUUGCGCUCUCGCCGCCGCCGUCGCCGCCGCUGCGCCCGCGGCUGCAGGCCUCGCCGUCGGCCGUGGCCUCCCCGCCGUCGCUUCACACUUGCGGCCCGGCCCGCGCUACCUCGCCGGUUGUGGUCAACUCGGGCGCGCUCGUCCUCGAGUCCUCGCCGGCUAUGCAUGUCUUCCGCGGUGGCCUCGCCGUCUUUGCCACCUCGCUCGUUUGCCCGCUGCCAGCGAGCCCGGUCGCCGCCGCUGCGCUCACCUUUAAGCUCCAGGAGCUCUGCAUGCCACUGCUGCAGUCGUUUGGCGCCCUCACCGUCCAACCGCAAGACUCGGGCGAGCUCGUUGCGCUGCUCCCAACACCCGCCGCCGCUGCCGCCGCCGCUCUCGCUGCCCACGAGCUCAUUGCCGCUUUUAACCAAGAUGCCGACGCCGCUGGCUCCUCGCUCUUGCUCCGCACCACUGGCUUUGCCGUCGUUACCGGCGACGGCUGCGCUCAGUCAGCUCACCACGAGGCGCUACUUGUCUCGCCGCUCGUCGAUGCUGCGCUUGCGCUCGCGUCCGCGUCUGACCUCUCAUCCGCCAUUCGGGUCUGCCUUGCUUCGGAUGACUUUGAGCUUGUCGAUGACCUCGUCUCGCAGCCGCUUCUCGCCUCGGCGCACCUGCAUCCCCUUACAGCACCGGCGGUCGGCGCCCGGCUUGCCCACCUGACCGGACGGUCCGCCCAGAGCCUCGCCCUUUACACAAUCAGCGGCUCGCUCCCGUCCGAGGCCUUUGACGCCUCCGCGCUGCUCGCCGCAGGCGCGUCGGCCGAGGCCUCGUACUCGGGUCUGGACCUCGAAGCGCUGUUCCGAAGCGCAGCAGACGCGGCGCCGGCUGCCGCGGUCGUCGACUCGGUCACUGCCCACUACGUUCGACAGCACGUGGCCAUUGUUACGCUUGCCCGCCACCCGCGUCCAGACAUGCCGCCAGCGGAGCAGCUCAGCACGUUCCUUGCCGUCCUCAAUGACGCCGUCGUCCCAGUCGUGGUUGACCAGUACGGCGGCGAGCGCAUCUCGGCCACAGCCUUUGCCUUUGUCGACGACCUACUCUCGGCAACUUCAGCAGCGGUCCUCAUUGCGUCGCAGCCUUUGCUCGCAGACGCCGGCGUCUCGGUCGUCAUCUCCGACGGCGACGUGCUGGUCAUUCCCUACUCUGACUCGACCGUGUUUAUGGGCGAGCCGCUGCGGUCGCCGUACACUGCGCUUGCUGGAGCUAAGCGCUUGCAUGCACCUCCCACCACCCGCGACCCUUCGCGAGUCACGCCACUGGUGCCGCUCCUUGUUGCCGCGCCGGUCAUUGCCGCGCUCGCGCUCGUCGAGCCGUUUGCCUCGUGCUACGCGUACGCACCUGUCCGCGGCGCGCCAGACUUCUCGUACGUGGCCUCAAUCUCGCAGGACCCACGGGUGCUCGCCGGCGACGUCGUCGUCUCAGAGGACGAGGAUACUCGUCACUUUGUUGGCCACGUUGCCGUCCUUGUCACCGACAUGUCCGGCUUUACCCGCAUCACCCGCGCCAAGGGCAUUGUCCACUUUGCCUCGCUCAUCCUCCGCAUGCGCUCGCUCUUUACGCCAAUCUUUGAACUCUACGGCGCGCUCUCCAUCAACACCGAGGCCGACAACUUUCUGGUUGUCUUCCCCUCGGCGGAAAAGGCGACUGCCGCUGCUCUCGAGGCCGCCCGCAUGCUGCACCUGUACAACGCCGCUGUCGUAGCCGACCCGGCCGUCUCGGAUGACUUUGUACUCAAGGUCGGCGGCUACGGCAUUGCUGCAGGCCGCGGCUGCGUCCAGGACCUGAUGUCAACUUCACUGUUUGGCGAGGUCUUUGAUCGCGCCUUUCGCCUCGGCGAAGACGUCGCCGACGACAACAUCCUCAUCGACGACACCACCGCCUCGCUGGCGGGCAAGCACCCCGCCUUUGCAGGACUUGACCUCUCCCGACUCCAGGUCGAUGCCGAGACCGGCAUUCGCUACACCACCAUCGAGCUCGACGCUGCCGUCAGCUCUCUUGCCCGGUACCACGGCACGCUCCACAUGGUCUCGUCCGAGUUUGACACCACUACGCCGCUCGGCUGGGUCUGCAACGCGGUCCUCAAUGCCGCACCGGACGACGUCGCCGCCGCCGCUGCCGACGUCGGACGUCGCUACCUCGCGCCGGGUGCCAUUCUCCUCAUCGGCGUCGAUCAGGCCAAGGUCACCGCCGCCGCCGGCAUCGACGCCUCCAUCCGCAUGCUUCACCGCAUGGUCCACGACCUCGAGCCGAUCCUCAUCGACGAGCUCGGCGGCUCGCUGGUUGAGGAGAAGAUCUUCCUUUUCCGCUCGCCUGCCGCCGCCAUCCGCGGCGCCGUCCUCGCACGUGCUCUCCUCAACGCAACCAACGCGUCAGCCGUCGCCACAGGCCUCCCGGCUGUGCCAUGGACCGGCAUUGCCGUUCACAUCGGCGACAUGCUCGUUGUUCCCGGCUCCAACAUCCACUGGGGCGACCCGCUCAACACAGCGUCCAAGCUCGCCGAGGACGUCGCGUCGGGCCAGGAGAUCUUUGUCACCCGCGAGGCCUUUGACGCCGCUUGCGCCGAGAGCCCUGACCUCGCGCGCCUUCCGACCACGUCGCGGACGUUCCAUGUCUCCAAGGUCGACCUGCCGUGCCUCGAGGUCGGCAACGGCGAGUGCAUUACCGCCGGUCGCGUCUUGGGAAGCGCGGCGGUGGGCGAGCACCGCGAGUCGCAGGUGAGGAGCGGCGAGGUGACCGCCGCCAGCGACGCUGCCGCCCGCGCCGCCUUUCUCCCACCGCCGCAGCCGGCCACCAUCUCCCUGCACGACUCGAUCGAGUUUACAUCCGAGACCACACUGCUGGUCUCGGACAUGUCGGGCUUUUCGCGAAUCACCCGCAAGAUGGGCAUUAUUCACUUUGCUUCGCUCAUUUUGCGGAUGCGGACACUGGCAAAGGGCGUGUACGAGCGAUACGGUGUGCUUGAGUUCUUCACCGAGGCUGACAACACCUUUGGCCUUUUUGCCACACCGGCCGCUGCUGCCGCUGCCGCCUUUGAACUCAAGGCUGUUCUCGACGCGUACAACGCCGAGGUGGCACCGGCAGCCGACUUUCGUAUCAAGGUCGGUGGGUACGGCAUGCACUGCGGGCCUGGCGUUGUCAAGGACACUGCCACGGGCAAGUUCUUCGGUACCGUCGCCGACGGCGCUUUUGUGCUCGGCGAAGACGUGUCCGAGGACGCUGCGCUCUACGUUUCGACACCGGUUCUCAGCGCGCUGGCGACCGACGAGCGGUUCGCGCGUAUGGACGUGGUGUCGUUCACGGCCGAAGACUCGCCAGACGCUCCGUUUGACUACCACGUUCUCGCAUGCCCCGGUCUCAAUGGUACACUGCCAGCUGCGCAGCUUCUGACCAAGUUGAUGGCGCCGGCGGCGUGGGCGCCAGCCGACAACACUACGGCCGAAUCCCGAUUCCUUGCGGCGGUCCUCGUCGACCGCCUCGCAGCCGGCACUACCGUCUCUGCGCUCGACGCCAAGCUGGCCGAUGAGUUUAUGGUCUCCGUCGCUGCUGUCCUGCUUAUUGGCAUGGACUUUGCGUCUGUGUCGGCCAGCUCGGGCGUGCCGGCCACGCUCGCGCUCGUCCACUCGCUCUCGGGCCUUUUGGCGACGGUUGCAAAGCGGUACGGCGGCACGCCGCUGGAAGAGUUCAUUUUCCUCUUUCCGGACGUCGACGCGGGCUAUGCCGCUGGUCUCGCCAUCCGGGCCGCACUUGUCGAGUACUCAAUGGCGCAUCCAAAUGCACCUGCGCCUCUCACAGGCCUUGCGCUCCACACCGGGUCGAUGCUCAUUGUGCCGGGCACAAACGUUCAUUGGGGCGACCCGCUCAACACGGCGUCCAAGCUUGCCGAGGACUCGGCAUCGUCGGCCGAGUUUCUGGUCACGCAGGCGGCGGCGAGGCUGCUGGCGUCGCGGGCCGGCGCCACCUUUGUCGAGCGGUCGUUUGUAGUCUCCAAGGUCGAACUGCCGUGCGUGGAGGUGCUCGACGCUGUGGCGACAAGUGCGCUCGCGUCGCGUAAGGCUGUCCGAGCGCUCGGCAUGGGCAAGCCGCUUCCGCAGUACGUGACGACCGACGCACACUGCAGGCACUACCACGGCGAGUACAGCGUGCUGAUCUCGGACAUGUCCGGCUUUACCCGGAUCACGCGCAAGAUGGGCAUCAUCCACUUUGCAUCGCUGAUUCUUCGCAUGCGCGACAUGCUCCUCGCCAUCUACGGGGCGUGCGGCGCGGUCUCGACCUUUACCGAGGCCGACAACACCUUUGCAGUGUUCCGAACACCGGCCGCUGCGCUUCGCGCUGCACUCGAGGCCCAGGUUGCGCUGGCGCGGUAUAACGCAACGUCUCUGCCCUCGCCGGACUUUGAGCUUCAUCUUUCGGGCUUUGGCAUCGACACCGGCGUCGGGCUGGUCCAGGACCUGCGGAGCGACAAGCUGUUUGGCCCCGUCCACGACCGUGCCUUUGUCCUCGCCGAAGACACUGCCACCGGAACUGACAUCCUCAUCUCUGACGAGACCAUGGCUGUGCUUGACGCCGACCGCGCCUUUGUCUGGCCGGCAUCAAUCACUGCCGAGGCCAAGGUCCUUGGUGAAGACGAUUUUGCCGCGCCGUUUGGCUACUUUCAUCUCCACGGGCGGCUCGCAGCAAGUGAGGUGACUCUCGGGCAUUUGCCUGUCUCUGGCAGCCACACGCCGCGUGAGCCGCGGACGCCGGCAUCCGAGUUCCACCACGCGUUGCUGGUGGAGCGGCCGAGCGCACGCGGCGCGACCGAGCAGGUUGACGCGCAAGUGACAGCAUCUUACAUGCGGUCGCCGGUCUUCUGCCUCCUCAUCGGCUUUGACUUUGCAUCGGUGACGGCCACCACCGGCGUGGAGAACACCAUUGCGCUCAUGCACGGAGCCGAGGAGACAGUCCACGCCGCCAUUGCGCCAUAUUCGGGCGAGGCUGUGGAGGAGUUUAUCUUUGUCUUCAACUCAGCCAAGCUUGCACUCCUCGCUGGCCUUGCGGCUUCGGCCGCGCUCGACGAGUGGAAUGAGCUGGCGUCGGCCGACCGCAAGCUCCCGCUGCUCGGCAUGGCCAUCCACGCCGGCUCAAUGCUCAUUGUGCCCGGGACGAACCUGGCUGAAGACUCGCUUGACGGCGGCGAGCUCUGUAUUACCGUUCCGGUCUACGACGCCAUAUCGCGGCUCUCGGAGUUUGCCAACCUCGAAUUUGAGAGCCGCGAGUAUCUGGUCUCCAAGGUCACGCUCCCGUGCAUGAUUGUCCGGGCGCCGGAUCGGAGCGGGACCCAUUCGGACGCGCACUGCUUGCACUACGACGGCGCGCGCGCUGUGGUCAACGUCGAUGUUGCCGGCUUCACCGCUGCCAUGCGCGCUGCAGGCAUCAUCCACGCCGCGUACAUGGUGCUGCGGAUGCGGGCACUGCUUGGGCCUGUCUUUACCGCCCACGGCGCUGAACUUGUCCUCACUGAGGCCGACAAUCUGGUGGCGGUCUUUGCCAGCGCCGACAACGCCGUUGCUGCCGCGUGCGAGGCCCACUACGUGAUGAAGACGUACAACACAUGGGCAAGCUCUGAGCUCGCCCCCACUUUGCCGUCCCGCUCUCGGGCAUCGGACAAGGUCACUUCGUCGCUCUACGGCGAGCCAGUUGACGAGGCUCACCAUCUUGCGGACGAAGUUGCGACCGAAGCGCAAGUGCUCCUCACCAACAGUACCCGUGCUGCGCUCCGCUCAUCAAGCCUGGCUUUGCGGCUGGCCCCGCUCCGCGCUUCGCGGGCCGAGCCUGCAUCGAUGUGGCCAUUUGAGUAUGUGGUUGUCGACGAGGCGACAUGUUCGUCCACGCCGCGCAAGUCGCGCAUGAGCAAUGUCGCCGCAAGCGCGCUCAACGAGGCCUCGACCGAGGCCGAGCUUGCAGAGCACGCCGGCGGUGCCGAUGGGAGUGAGGCGAGCACGUUUAUGAAUCUGAUGCUGCAACUGCGCGGCGGCGCGGGCGCAGCGACCGACACUGUCGACGUGCUCGUCUCGCACAAGUUUGUGACCGAGGCGGCGGUGGUGUACGUGGCUCUCGACAUGGCAGCGGUGACACGCAAGUAUGGCUCUGUCAAGGCCAUUGCAGUUGUCCACAACGCGGUGGCGAUGGUGGCACAGGCAGUGGCCGAGCAGAGCGGCGUCUCUGUUCUCGAGCCGUUUGUGCUUGCGUUUGAGAACAAGGCGCAUGGGGUCUCUGCUGCCAUCGCCAUUCUGCGGGCCAUCGAGCGGUACAACACAGACGGUCGGGUCGCCGCCGGCGAGCUGCUUGUGGUCGAUGGAACCGACAUCCACUGGGGCGAGGCGCUCAACACGGCGGCCAAGCUCGCGCACGUCAUGGCGGCAUCGCGGGAGCUGCUGGUGACCGAGGAAGUGGCCAAGGCGACGCGGAGCGACCCUGCAUUUGCUGCGCUUCGCUACGAGCCGCGCGAAGCGGUGGCCUCGGGGCUGGCCUUUAAGGCGUUUGCGGUCGAGUGGGCGUUUUUCGCGCGCGAGCUGCCGAGCUCGCCGGGCUCGCGCUCGGACGGGGUCCACUUCCGCGAGCUCUCGGGCACUCACGCGGUGGUGGUCUCGGACAUGUCCGGCUUUACGCGGAUUACCCGGGCCAAGGGCAUUGUCCACUUUGCGUCGCUCAUCUACCGCAUGCGCGAGAUCAUCCGCGCAGCGUACGAGGCUGCGGGCGCGGUGGCGUUCCACACCGAGGCUGACAACACCUUUGGCGUAUUUGAGAGCGCGGCGGCGGCGCUUGAAGGCGCGCUGCAAGCAAAGUCCGGGCUGCGGGCGUACAAUGAGAGCGUGGUUGAUCCAGACCUUGCCAUCGCGUUCUCUGGCUUUGGCGUCGACGUCGGCGAGGACCUCAUCCGCGACACCGGCUCGCUCCGACUGUUUGGAUCUGCAGCCGAGCGCGCGUUUGUGCUUGCCGAGGACACCGCCGACGGUGGGGCGGUCCUGGUCUCGGGUGCAGUUGCAGCACGUGUCCGUGGAACAGCUGCGUUCAAGCACGCCAAGUUUGUGCGGCAGACGUCAGAUGAGCUCGACUUUGUGUUUUACGAGGUGAUCGGCGGCGAGAGCCAAGCGACGGGCAGCUUGCCCCUCACCGGCGAGUAUGCGCCGGCGCGCGAGGAGCAUGUUCACGGCUCGCCGGCUGCGGUUUUCCGGACGGCCGUGCUCUCGUCGCCGCGGGCGCUGGACGUGGCUGCGUCGUUCCUCCGCCCGCACGCGGUCGUCCUCCUCGUCGGGCUCGAGUGGCGAAGUUUGACCGAGGCAGCCGGACCGCGCAAGGCUAUUUUGGUGGCACACGAGGUGGCGGGCGUCGUCGCCGAUGUUCUCAGCCAGCUCGGCGGGACCAUGCUCGAGGAGUUUAUCUAUGCAUUUGAUUCGCCCGAGGCUGCCAUUUCCGGCGCGCUCCAGCUCCGCAAGCUCUUUCGCGAGCGGACGGCCAAGCACGCCGAGGCCGAAGACGUGCCGCUCCUCGGGUUUGGCGUACACUCUGGCGAGAUGCUCAUUGUGCCCGGGACCAACGUUCACUGGGGCGACCCGCUCAACACGGCGUCCAAGCUUGCUGAAGACAUUGCGCGCGAGGGCCAGCUGUAUGUGACGCAGCCGGUUUGGCACCGGCUCUCGGGCGAGUUCCGCCGCAGCCUGCGGGCCGGAACCGAGAGCCACACCGUGUCCAAGGUCGCGCUCCAGGUCAUGCGAGUGGACAAUCCGGGACCGGUGUCUGGCGUCGCGGUGUCUGGCACUGUCCGCAGCGCACCGGCCGUGGGAGUCGUCGAAGACGCGCACACUCGACGGUACACCUCUGAGGUGGCGGUACUUGUUUCGGACAUGUCGGGCAUGUCGCGAACGACGGCCAAGUACGGAAUCAUUCACUUUGCGUACCUAAUCCUCAAGAUGCGCGACCUGCUCAGCGGGGUAUGGGAGCACUACGGCGCCGUGUCUGUGGCGACUGAGGCCGACGACUUUAUUGUGGUCUUCCCGUCGCUCGACGCGGCGCUGACCGCGGCGCUGGAGGCUUUCCACAUCCUCGAUGCGUACCACGCGGCGCUGCCUGCGGAGCGGCUGCAGGCCGAGCGGAUCAACGUGUCCGGCUUUGGCAUUGCUGUCGGCGAUGAUGUGGUGGCGGACGCAGUGACCGGGCGACUGUUUGGGUCCACAUUCAACGAGGCCUUCCUCCUUGGCGAGGAGCUGACCGACGGUGGGCAGGUCCUACUGAGCACAGCUGCGGCGCGGCGGGUGAUGUCGGACCCGCAAUGGGCGUGCGUGGCGUGCGAGCCGCGGAUGGAUGUGGAGACGUCGACGACAUUUGCGGUGGUUACUGGCAAGCUGCCUGCGUAUGAGUGCAGUCUUGCGCAGAUGAGCGUGCCCACCAUUCCGUGGGGUGUGCACACGCCAGGCGGUGAGUUCUACACCGACAUGCUUGUCAAGCGGCCGACGCUGGCCGGACGGGACCAGGCCGCGCUCGACGACGCUAUCAAGGCGCGGUUCUUCUCCACCAAGUAUGUGGUCAUGCUCGGCUUUGACUUUUCGGCCAAGGAAGCGGCCGACUCGAUUGAUGCCGCGGUGGCGUCGAUGCACACAGCUGUAGCCGAGACGCACCCGCGGGCUGCGGCGCAUGGCGGCGUGGCGAUUGAGGAGUUUAUCUUUGCCUUUGACAGCGGCUCGGCGGCGUUUGCGGCGGCAAGUGACAUGAAGGCGGCGCUGGUGGCGUGCGGCUUUGACGCUGUGCCAUUUACUGGCAUUGCGCUGCAUGCCGGUGACAUGCUCAUUGUGCCCGAGACCAACGUCCACUGGGGCUCGCCGCUCAAUACAGCGUCCAAGCUCUCCGAGGACGUGGCGAGUGCUGGUGAGUUCUUUGUCUCGCGCGUGGUCAUGGACGAGCUCCGCAGGAACAGGCUGGUCCGGGAUGUGGAGACUGUGGACCGUGUUUUUACCGUGUCCAAGAUGGACUUUGAGUGUGUCGAGAUAUUGGGUACAAAGGGCGGCAUUGCGAGCGCUAGCGCGAGCGAGAGCCCGGCACUGACCGCGGGCGACACCUCGAUUAUUUCGGUCGAUUUGAACGGCAGCGACGACUUUGGCGUGAGUGCACUCGACACGAGCCAGGUCCUCGUGGUUGUGGGCAUGCCAUCCCUGGCACGCACGCUCCGGCGCGAGGGGCUCGAGGCACUGGCGUCGGCGGUGGUGCGGAUGCAGCAACUUGUGGGCGGAUGCAUUGCGGCCGGUGGCGGCGAGGCAUUUGGGCGCGGUGACGAGAUUGUGGGCGUGUUUGACGACGCGCUGGUGGCGCUGCAGGUGGCAACCAAGAUUCACGAGGUGGUGCGCGAGUUCAACGCUGCAGCCGGCGCUGCGCGACUGUCGGCCAUCGGGGUGGCGGUCGUGCCUGCAAGCACGACGCUUGUGGUCGCGUCGGUCGGCGGCGUGUACGGGCAAGACGUGGAGCUCGGGCGCGAUCUUGUGCUUGAAGGCGCGGGGACCAAGACGGUGGUGGGGCGCGCGCUUGUGGCGAGCCUCUCUGAGCGGGCUUCGGGCGUCUCGUUUAUUUCCGGCACGUCCGAAGGCGCGCACGUGCGCGAGUAUGCGAUGGUGUCUGGCGCUGUUGCCAUCGACGGGCCGCUGGCGGAAGCGAGUGCAGCAAGGCUGUGCGCGAGCGUCGACGGGGCGCUGGGAGAGCUCGGCGCGGCGGCGCUGUCGGCCAACAACGGCGGCGCGCUGCGGGCGGGCUACAUCGCGAGCCUGGCACUCGUUCGAUUUGUCUUUGACUUUGGCGUCAAGCACGCGGAUGGGCUUGCACAGCUUGCGCUCUCGAUUGUGAGCGGGCUCGUACCGAGUGACGCGGUCGACUUUGGCGGACUGGUGUAUGGCGUUUCGAACGUGGCGGACGGGCUCGAGUUUGCGCUCAACGUCCGCGACGCACUGGUGGAGUUUGGCGCGUCGGCGACGGGAGCGGCGACCCGCGAGCUGCCGUUUGUGGGCGGAGUGGUCAAGGCCGGGGAGGUUGUUCGCGAUGCAAGUGUGGGUGUGGUGUGGGGCGGGCCGGUGCUUGAGCUCAACCAGGCGUCGCACAUGCUGCGUCCGGGUCAGGUUGUUGUCCUCUCGGCGUCGGAGGCGGAUCUGGGCGACGACACACGGUUUGCCGGCCUAACGUUUGACAAGGCUGUGUUUGGCCGGUCGGUGACCGGGCUUGGGCAGCUGGCUGGUGUGCGGGUGUCGGGCGAGCGGAGUGCUCGGUCGGCGCCGGCGGUUGUGGUCGCUGGAAGCGAGAGCCUGCCACCGCGGACACCGCGUGGGCGUUCCGGCUCUGUCGACUUUGAUCUGGCUGUUCCUAGCUCGCCGAGCUUUGAGGCGCGCGGCUUCGACCUGCCGGACGUGGCCGAGGAGGCCGGCGCAAGCUCGAGCGCGAGCCUGAUUGUGGUGCUUGCCGAAGUCCAGGUCAAGUCUUCGGGGAGCUCUGCGAGCGAGCUUGUGGCUGCUGGGUCGAGCGCUGUGCGAUGGCGGUCUCUGGUCGAUAGUGUGGCCGAAGUGCACGGCGUGACCAGCCUCAGCGUGCUGAGUGAUGCGAGCGGGGUUCAGGGCCUCUGCGUCGGUGUUGUGUUUGGCAGCGAUGAGAGUGCGUCUGCGCUCCAGUUUGCCGGCGAGCUUGUGGUUGUGCUGCAAGCGUUCAACGCGUCUGUUGACGACCCGGAGCUUGCGCUGCGGCUGGGAACGGUGAUGGUCCAUGCUGGGCCGGGCGUGAUUGUUGUGCCGGGCCUCGGCGCGGUGACCGGGCACGGGCUCGACGCCGGUUUGGCGGCGAUGCGGAGACAGCCCCCGGCUGUGGCGCUUGCGGUGUCUGGCAGGCUAGCACCCAGCGGCUGCGGCUGGGCCCAGGUUGAGCGUGCGAGCGGGGUGGUGAACGGCCUGCCGGCUGGCGACGAGCUGCGCGUGGCGGUUGCAGAAGUCAUCGGCAACGCAUCCGGCGCCGAGGAGUCGUUCCAGGAGAUGGCACUUGAGCGGUACAAGGCUGGCAAGGCGCACCGGAAGCGACUGGACCGGGUGCUUGCGCGGUUUGUGACAGCUCGUGCGGUGAUUCAUCUUGGGCUUUCGGUGAUGGAGGGUGCGCCGGGCGGUGCGGCAGCGGCGCUCGAGGCCGCACACGCGGAGAUGGAGGCGCUGACUGGCGCGCACGGUGGAAGUGCCAAGGCGCCGUUUACUGUGGCGUUCCACGAGACGGCCGGAGUUGGGGCAGCGCUGGCGCGGAUUGUGGGCGCGCUCAACUCGGGCACGAUGCUCUCGGGCGUUUCGGGCGUGUUGGUCAACGGCGUGGGCGUGGCGUUCUCGCCGAUGGUCAUCGACGCGGCGUCGCAGCUGUGUCUGGGGCCUGCGGCUGCGGCCGCGGCGGCCGGAGGCCGGUCGGGUAAGCUUGUUGUGUAUGUUGGUGCCGAGGGCGUGACGCAUGGCGUGGCGGCUGCCAUGCCUGCCGAGCUUGGCCUGGAGCCCGUGGACGAUGGCGAGUGCGAGUGGCGGUCGAGCGUGGUGCGGCUCGCGAGGCCGGCGGCCGGCGGCGGGAGUAGCAGCAAAGCAGCUUCUGUGCCUGGGCGCGCAAGCGGUGGCGAGUGCAUUGUGUGGAUCGACGUCGAUGUGGGCGGCAAGGCCAGCGCCAGUGCGGGAGCGGUGACGCUUGCUGGUGCGCAGCGAGCGUUUUCUGAUGCGCUGCUUGCAUCUGGCGCAAGCGCGGUGACGACGGUGGGCGAAGCCGUUGUGGGCGUGCUACCUAGUGCGAGUGCAGCGCUCCGCGGCGGGUUCGAGGUCCUUCAUGCCGCACGCGAGGUGACAGGCGGCGGGGCCGGCGUGCGCAAGAUCGGAGUGGGCGUGGCCGGCGCCCAUGGCGAGGUGCACGUAGCCGAGGGCAUGGUGUUUGCACCGGGAGUGACGACGGCGGCGACGCUCGCCAAGGCUGUGCUCGGGCGAAGCGGCGAGGUGGGCGCUGAGAGCCGGGUGGCGAGCGCCGGACUCCGGGCGCAUCCUGGACUCAGUGCAUCGUCCAAAGUCUCGCAGUCGCGCGGUACAGCGUAUGCGGUGGUUCGUGGCGAGCUCGGCUCGUAUGCCGGAGUGGCUAUUAGCCGGCCGGAGUCAAGCACUGUGCACGAGACGGCGUGCGUGAGCGUGGCGUUUGGCAUCGACUACGGGUACGUGACUGCGCAGCUGGGCGGGCCCGUGGCGGCGGCAGCGUGCGCGCGGCGGGUGACGGCCAUGAUUGCCGGCGCCGCCGGUGAGGCCGGGCGAGUUGUGGGCGUCGACGCUGCGGUGUUUACAGGCCAGGUGGAGCAUGUGGCGGCGAUGGCAGUGGCGGCUGCGCGCAAGGUCCGCGACGGCAUCCGGGCACACAACGCGCAGGCGAGCGCGGAUGGCGGUGCGAUCAUCCCGCUGCGGUCUGUGGCGGUAUUCGACGGCAACGUGGCAUGGGAGCCGAGUGUGUGGGGCCCAGGGCUUCGCGACGCGCGAACGCUCGCGCACUCGUACCUGUUCGAAGGUGGGCGGGUGUUUGCGACCGAGGCCGUCAGCGCAGCAGCCGGCAGCGCUGCCCAAGCGGAUGUGGACGUCGAGUAUCUGGGACUGAGGGAAGUCCAGAUGUGCGAAGUGGCUCGGUAAACGCCCAGCCUGG